AUGGUUUCAUUUAGAAGCUCUUUUAUUUAUAGAAGAACAGAGAACCCUUUCAAAAUCUUCAGAUUUCAUAGCACUUUCUGUUUUUCCUUAGAAGCUACAUGCUGGCAAAUACACGAUGCCUUGAGAUACUAUCAUUAUGGGUCAGAAUGGGGUAAAAAUCAGAAAUCGAAUCCAAACGAGAAGCCAAACAGGGUGGGGCUUUUCUGGGACUUGGACAAUAAACCACCCAACACAAUCCCACCUUAUGAAGUUGCCAAUAAGCUUAGAAUAGCUGCAUCUUCCUUUGGGAUUGUUCGUUAUAUGGUGGCUUAUGCAAAUAGCCACACUUUUAGUCAUGUUCCUCAAUGUAUAUGGGAGAAAAGGAAAGAGAGGGAACUGUUGUAUCGUUUGGAGAACAAGGGUGUCAUCAAGCCAAAUGAACCUUAUCGUUGUCGGGUUUGUGGGAGAAAGUUUUAUACUAAUGACAAGCUUGUCAACCAUUUCAAGCAACUGCAUGAGCGUGAGCACGGGAAAAGGAUGAACCAGAUUGAGUCUGCGAGAGGGAACAGGAGGGUGAAGUUGGUAGCUAAGUAUUCUAUGAAAAUGGAAAAGUAUAAAAAGGCUGCAAGUGCUCUUCUCACACCCAAAGUGGGGUAUGGUUUGGCGGAUGAGCUCAAACGUGCUGGGUUUUGGGUUCGAACUGUGUUGGACAAGUCACAAGCUGCAGAUCGAGCAUUGCAAAGCCACAUGGUGGAUGUCAUGGACCAUAGGCGGGUUGAGUGUGUGGUUCUUGUGUCUGAUGAUUCUGAUUUUGUUGAUGUGAUAAAGGAAGCAAAGCUGCGAUGUCUGAAGACGGUUGUCAUUGGGGAUAUUGAUGAUGGUGCCUUGAAGAGGACUGCUGAUACUGCCUUUUCUUGGGAGGAAAUUCUGAUGGGGAAGGCUAAAAAACAGGCUAUUUCGGUUGUGAAAAACUGGAAGGAUCGUGAUAUUUUAAAGAGGCUAGAGUGGACAUAUAACCCAGAUUGA